UUUGAAGUCCACACAGUUAAACCUUCAGCCCGGUCGGUUUUAGAAACAGCCCGGAGGAUUUCUGCCUCCUGUCAUGACUUCUUGAAACACUACCUGGGGGGAGAAAAGUCGAGGGGGCAAAACUCUCUUUUAUUCGCAGCUGUAUUCAAAUUGUCCAUAUGUGACAGGACAUUACAGGACAGAGAACUGCGUCGAAGCGGUAGCAGGCGCGGGCUGUUGUUGGACUACUUUAUACUUUUUUUUUUUUUUUACGUUUUCAAAAAAGGGAGGCUGCUCGGGUACAUGGAUGAGUGAAGAGGAGCUGAGAAGCUCCCCCGCUGCUUUUAGAGAGUGAGGAGGAUUAGGCUGGAGCUCAGCGGAGCCGCUCUCACACCGCAACCGGAGCCGGAGCCAUGAGCAGGGCGCUUACGGAGCACAUCAGCAGUAGCUUCCGAGAAGAUGCUCCUCGUCCUCCGGUACCGGGGGAGGAGGGAGAGGCGCCAUGCUUCGACCCCAGCAGAUCUGCCAAAAUGAGAGCACAGAGCAAGGUUAAAGAUACCCCCGCCGCGCCUCCCGGCUCCACACCGCGGAGGAACGAGGAUGGACUCGGGGAACCAGAGGGCAGCGCGUCCCCGGAUUCGCCCUUAGUCCGGUGGACAAAGUCUCUGCAUUUUCUCCUGGGCGACCAAGACGGCGCUCACCUCUUUAGGACCUUUUUGGAGCGGGAGAACUGCGUGGACACUUUGGACUUUUGGUUCGCCUGCAACGGCUUCAGGCAGAUGGACUUAAAGGAUACCAAAACGUCGCGAGUUGCCAAAGUUAUUUUCAAGCGGUACAUCGAGAACAACAGCAUUGUCGCCAAGCAGCUGAAACCCGCCACCAAGACCUUCAUAAGGGAUAGUAUUAAGAAGCAGCAAAUAGACUCAGCCAUGUUUGACCAGGCACAGACGGAAAUCCAGUCCAACAUGGAAGAGAACGCGUACCAGAUGUUUUUGACCUCUGACAUAUACCUCGAAUACGUGCGCACGGGCUGCGAAAACGCGGCGUACAUGAACCACGGCGGUCUCGGCAGCCUCAAGCUAAUGUGCGGAUACCUUCCUCCUCUAAUGGAGGAAGAGGAGUGGAGUUGCAAUGACCUGAAGGCAAAAACGUUAGGCUCUGUGGUCGGACUGUCUGCGAAAACCCUGAGGGCUACUGCUACCAUCCGGACGGCCGCUGAAGUGCUGGAGAAUAGUUGCAGGUCCCACCGGCGAGGAGACCCUGCCAGCCCCUACUUCGUCAACUCCGGCUACAUUUUUGCCCCUGCCACCAGUGCCAAUGACAGCGAGAUCUCCAGUGAUGCUACGACAGAUGAUUCCAUGUCCAUGACGGACAGUAGUGUAGAUGGAAUCCCUCCAUAUAAGGUGGGCACAAAGAAGCAACUCCAGCGAGAGAUACAUCGAAGUGUCAAGAUCAAUGGCCAGAUAACUCUUCCCCACUUUCCUAGGACGCAUCGGCUGCCUAAGGAAAUGACCCCCGUUGAGCCCUCAGCCUUUGCUGCCCAGCUCAUAUCCCGGCUGGAGAAGCUGAAGCGAGAGCAGGACACCAUGAGCUCGUUGGAGGAGAGGCUGCAGCAGAUCCAGGAGGAGGAGGAAAGGGAGGAGAGCAGUGACCUGACCAGCAGCACCUCCCUCCAUCAACCUCUGCUGCCGUCUGGCAGCCAGUGCGAGGAAGACCCCCAGGCUAUCCUGGACGAGCACCUAUCCCGUGUCCUGAAGACACCUGGCUGCCAGUCACCAGGUGUGGUUCGGCACUCACCGCGCUCCCGCUCCCCAGAUCGGACCGAUGCUGUGGUGUCCUCUGGCCACGGGCCCUUCUUUGGCGCGUAUCCCGGGGCUGCCAAGGUUCUGAUGGCAGGCAGGCCGUCCACAAAGCACAUCCACCACCACUACAUUCACCAUCACCACGCUGGGCCCAAGACCAAGGAGCAGAUUGAGGCCGAGGCAGCUCAGCGCGUGCAGUGCCUCUGCCCUCCAGGGGGCGCCAAUUAUUCCGACUUCACCCCUGCUCGCUGCAGCACUUUGUCCAGACGGCCAGUCAAGGCCAUCGAUGAGGGCGUGUCUUCCCCACGCCUACCCCUAGACGCCACUGACCGCUCUCAGAAUGUUUGGCAGUGGAUCCUAGAGAGUGAGAGGCAGGGCAAGCACAAGCCACACAGCACUCAAGGCCUAAAGAAGUCCAGCCCGCUUGACUCCAAGGCUCUGCCCGGUCGGACUCACUCCACCUGGGGUGGAGGCGGCAUCGGCGGCGGGGCUCACCCCCGCGGCCACCACCCAGGCCACCCGUUCAUCCAGGAUCCGGCCAUGCCACCCCUGCCCCCGCCCAACACCCUGGCACAGCUAGAGGAGGCCUGCCGCAGACUAGAAGAGGUCUCCAAGCCACCAAAACAAAAGCAUCCAACAGCAGCCGGCAGCCUUCAGAGAGACAGGAGCCAUCCGGCAGCCGCCCUCCCCACCGGAGCCAGCCCUGGACUCCAAACAGACGAGUCUAAGGAGCUAGUGGUCACCUACUUCUUCUGUGGAGAGGAGAUUCCUUAUCGCAGCAUGAUGAAGACCCACUGCCUCACCCUGGGACACUUCAAGGAACAGCUUAGCAAGAAAGGCAACUACCGGUACUACUUCAAGAAAGCCAGUGAUGAGUUUGAGUGCGGUGCCGUGUUUGAGGAGGUGUGGGAGGAUGCCAGCGUGUUGCCCAUGUAUGAGGGCAAGGUCCUGGGCAAGGUGGAGAGGAUGGACUAAAAAGCCACUUUGUUGCCAACCAACCAAUGCCCUUCCCCGCCCAACCAAAAGCUAAACUGUCCCUAAAAAAAAAAAAACUUGAGCAAGAGACUCUUUGUAAUUAACAGAAAAUACUCUGGA